AUGUCUGAACCAAAUGUUCCUAAUGAACGAGACCCAUUAAUUGGUUCAAGGGGUUAUGUGAUAUAUAAUGCAAACAUUUAUACAGUUGAUGAAAAAAAUCCAAAAAUUGAAGCCUUCACGGUGUUGAAUGGAAAGUUUGUUGAUAUUGGUACAAGAUUGGAUUUGCUACAAAAAUGGACUAGUCUUAAAAAAGAUUUAGACAUUGAUCCAAUAUUAUCUCAAUAUGCAAUAUCAUUAACACGUAUUGACGGACAUGCUUUAUGGGUUAAUGGGAGAGUAUUGGAUAUCCUUGGAAAAGAUAAACUUCCACCCGAACUGGAUGGUGGUGAGAUUAUAAGAGACAACGAAACAGGCCAAUUGACCGGAAUUUUUGUUGAUAAUGCUAUGAAAUUGAUUCAACAGAUAUUGCCGCAACCAACUGACCAACAAUUAUUAGCAAAUCUCAAAGCGGCAAUCUAUGAAAUGCAUUCUCAUGGUCUUACUGGAGUUCAUGAUGCGGGUGUUAUACCUAAAUUACUUAAAUUUUACAAAAAAAAUUAUGCCAUGGUUGAAUGUGAAAACAAUACUUAUUGUGGUGAUCAAAUUGAGAAAAUAGAUGGGUUAGGUGACGGGAGAUUAACUGUCAGAAGUACUAAAAUCUAUAUGGAUGGUGCAUUGGGAAGUUGGGGUGCUGGAGACAAAGCCAAUCACCUAAUCAUAAACGCAUAUGAAAAAUGUUUUAAAGAUUAUAUACUUUCAAAACAAAAUGGGCAAAACAUUACCGAGAAAGAGUUGACUAAAGAAAUUAAAAAAUUAGGAGAAAGUAUUAGAUUUAGGAUUGAGCACGCACAAAUAUUGACGCUGGACGAUAUCAAACGUGUUGGUGAAUUACGGAUUAUACCGUCAAUGCAGCCUACACACGGUAAAUACUGA